UGGACGAGCUUGCCCUAACUUGUGUCUCCUUUCCUUUCUCCGUGGAACAAGCCUCCAGAAAACAGCGACGGGACAGAAGACGCACUGGAUUACAUUUUAAUUGCUCCACAAGAAUCCCCUGGAUACGUACACACGCAUUUAUUCUCCGGAUUAAUGUGGUCGCACAUUUGUGGAUUUCUCACUUGUUGACGCUGAGGUGAGGCGCUGUCGCUGGAGUGAAACCAUGUGGCUCCUCUGGUCCUGUCUGACUCUGUUGGUGCUCAGCUCAUGUGACACGCUGACAUCUGAGCAAGAGGAUCAAUGCCCAUUCUUGCAAGUGGACGAGUGGAAGUUUCCUCAGACUGCCCGGCACAAUAUCACAGGUUUUAAUCUGGUGAGGCGAUUCUCCCUGCUCAAGAACAAAGAUGUCAAAAAGAUCCGCAACCCUCGAGGACCGGUCAUCCUCCGCCUGGGCAAAGCUGCACUCCUGCUCCCCACUGAUCAGGUGUUUCCUCAUGGCCUUCCUGAGGAGUUCACCCUCAGCUUCACUCUGGUGCUAAAGAAGGCUGCCCUGAGAGACACUAUCUACCUCUUCCAGAUAGCUGAUCAACAGGGAUACCCCCAGCUCUCUGUAGACUUCAAUGGCCUGGAUGGAACCCUGUCCCUUCGUGCCAGGGGCGUAGAGCCCGCAGCUGACCUGGUGAGCUGUAUUUUCACCGGGGAGGGGGUGGAGGCCCUGAUGGACCUGCGCUGGCACAAGGUGACCCUCAGCGUGCAACGCGAAGCCGCCUCCCUCCAUGUGGAUUGCAACUCUCUUGAGACCAAACCGCUGGAGGCCCGUGGAGUUUUGCCCACUGACGGACACACGCUGCUGGGCAUCCGGGCUUCGGAUGCUGGACCUGUGCAGAUGGACAUCCAGCAGGCGAUGCUGUAUUGUGACCCCUCCCUCGCCAUUCAGGAAGCUUGCUGUGAGAUACCUGGAGCACGGUGCCCACAAGAUGCUUCUAAGAGCCGCCGCGCUGCAGAGAAUGACCUGUCGGAGAACACCUUUAACCAGGAGAUGUUUGCUUCAAAGGAUCUGGCAGAUAAAGUAAUUGCUGGCUUUAAAGGGGACAAAGGGGAAAGGGGCGACGGCUGUGCCGGCUCCCAUUCCGCUCCAUGCACAGAGGGACCCAAGGGCCAGAAGGGCGAGAGAGGCGAGCCGGCACCGCCUGCCAACUGGGGCGAAGCGGCAGGGUACAAGGGAGAAAGGGGUCACAAGGGGGAGAUCGGGGCCCAGGGUCUCACCGGCACUCCAGGGAAGCAUGGACGAGGAGGGUCCAUUUGUGUGGUCGGCCCCAAGGGACAGAAGGGUACCCCAGGUUUAGUGGGUCCCGAGGGGUUGGCGGGGGAGCCGGGGAAGUCUGGAUUUCCGGGUCCACCGGGAGUUGGGAAGCCAGGUCCUCCAGGCCCGCCUGGUGAUUCGGCUUCUGCAAAGGGAGACAAGGGAGAUACAGGACCUCAGGGAGAAGAUGGAUUCCCAGGAGAUCCAGGACCGAGAGGAUCAACAGGGUUUAAAGGAGAGAAGGGUGACGCGUGUGAAGUGUGCCCCGUGCUGCCUGCAGACAUGGGGAACACAGUGGCUCUGCAAGGGAAGCCAGGCCCUAGAGGAGAGGCCGGAUUACCCGGGAUAGGAGAGAGAGGAGUGCCGGGCUCUCUGGGUGCAGAUGGCCAGGCAGGACAGAAGGGCGAACCCGGAUCAGGUGGCUUCAAAGGAGAGAAGGGAGAGCUGUGCUCCGUGUGCCCGACUCUCGGAGAGCUGCCCCCGAACGUCAUCCCCGGGGCCCGGGCCCAGACCCUCCAGCAGAAGGGAGAGAAGGGAGCGCCCGGCAUCGGACAGAGAGGAGAACAAGGAGAGCCGGGAGCCGUAGGAUCACCUGGCUUUGGAGGGGGAAAGGGCAGCACAGGCAGCAAAGGGGCUGACGGUAAGCCGGGAAAGCCUGGACCAAGGGGAGCCAGUGGCAAGGAUGGGCAGAGAGGCUCACAGGGGGAGCAAGGGCUGCCCGGUUUUGGUCUUCCUGGCCUGAAGGGGGAGGCGGGGGAGUGCGGUCGAUGCCAGCCGGCCGAGGUUGGUAGCGGACCAGCCGGCAUAAAGAUGCUUGAUGGAGCAGGAGGCAAGCCGGGAGAACGAGGCCUUCAGGGUCCGCCCGGACCAACGGGACUCGGAGUUGAUGGUAAACAGGGUCCAGCAGGUCUUGCUGGUGCAAAAGGAGACAAGGGCGAAGAAGGAGAUCAAGGAGAGAAAGGACUCAACGGAGCUUCUGGAGCCCCAGGACUGCCUGGAGAAUCCGGUCGGGAUGGACUGAUGGGCUUGAAAGGAGCAAAGGGCGACGCUUGUACCAGCUGUUCUUCCACGGGCCCCGCAGUGGGGGAUGGUGUCGCUGUGCAGGGGCCCCCAGGGGAGAGGGGAGACCCUGGUCCCCCAGGGGAAGGGAAGCCUGGCAGAAAUGGAAAACCCGGCCUACCAGGUGUGCAGGGGCCUUCUGGUCCCAAAGGAAGAAAGGGAGAAGCUGGAGUUGCGGGAGUUGGCCUUCCAGGACCACAAGGAGAAGAGGGACCAAGAGGGCUCGUAGGACUCGUAGGGCCUCCUGGAGCCAGUGGAUUGAGUGGACCUGUUGGCCCUGCAGGGGGAAAGGGCUCCGGAGGACAAGCUGGUCCUCCAGGACCACGUGGGCCCGAGGGCACAGGAAGACCAGGCCCCCCGGGUAGAGAUGCAACCCCUGGGACUAAUGGAUGGCCAGGGGCUGACGGCAGACCUGGACUUGAUGGAGCUCAGGGGGACAAGGGUGAACCCGGAGAGUGCAACUGCCUGAUACCUGUACAUACAAGUGUAGGCGGACCUGGAGCUCCAGGAACUCCAAUAAGCUCAUGGCAGCCCGGGCCUCAGGGCCCACCAGGACCUCCUGGCCCUCCUGGCCAACCUGGGUUUCAAGGUGAUAUAGGAAAUGAAGGACCACAGGGUAUCCCUGGAAACGACGGGAUACAGGGGAAACCGGGUUUGCCUGGAUACAUAAAGUACAUAGCCCCACACCAGCUGCCUCAAGACGCCACCGGAGCAGAUGGAGAGGAGGGCUGUAAAGACGGGGACUGCUCUCAAGGGUCUCCUGGUGUGCCCGGCACAGCUGGCGCCAAGGGUGAAAAAGGCGACCAGGGCAAGCCCGGCGUGACCCCGUUGGACAGCUGUGACCAGUGUCUGGCGAGGCUGCAGAAGGAGCAGGCCACACAGCCAGCGUACGACCGAUCGGGAAUGCCUGGAGCUCCAGGAACGCCGGGAUCACCAGGAGUCCGAGGAGAGCCAGGUGUCGCGGGAGAAAGAGGAAAAGCUGGAGCACCAGGAAACAUGGGCCCUCCCGGGUUCCAAGGUCAUCAGGGCACCUCGGGUUCAUCUGGUCAGAACGGCGAGGUCGGGCCAGCCGGGCCCCCGGGAAUUAAGGGCGAGCACGGCGCUCCGGGGACGCCCGGCUACCCAGGGUCCAUGGGACCGCCUGGACUUCCUGGACUGAAGGCCGAACGUGGGAGCCCAGGCAGCAGUGGUCAGAAAGGGGAAUCGGGUCCUCCUGGUAACCCCGGAUACCAAGGGAUGGCCGGUUCCCCGGGCAUCAAAGGAGACGCUGGACCAGCUGGACCGGCUGGUGCCAAAGCGGAUCAGGGUUUCCAAGGACAACCAGGCUUCCCAGGACCACCAGGGGCCCCGGGGAUCGCUGGGAAAAGUGGGAGGGAAGGGCUCCCUGGGAUCAAAGGUGAAAAAGGCAACGAUGGUGUUCAAGGAUCUCAGGGACCAACGGGGCCCUCGGGCUCACCGGGCUCCUCUGGGAUGAUGGGCCCCCCUGGCAUCGAGGGAUUGGAUGGAAAAGAUGGGAAACCAGGGCUGAGGGGAGCGGCGGGCCCUCCAGGCCCAGCAGGACCACGAGGAAUCCCAGGAUUCAAAGGGAAGACUGGCCACGGCGGCUUCCCCGGACUGAAGGGGGAGGCUGGACCUUCAGGUCCACCUGGCCCACCGGGCAGGCUGGGACACGAUGGCGACCCCGGCACCCCGGGAGCUCCGGGGCGACCUGGACCCUCCGGCCAUAUCGGGUCCACAGGACCCGCUGGGCCCCCAGGACCCGCUGGGCUCUCAGGAGAGGGUAUAAAAGGAGACAAGGGCCAAGCUGGUGAACGGGGUCUACCAGGGAUGGGAGGAGCCCCAGGACAACCGGGGCACCCUGGCUCCAUGGGAGAACCAGGCACCGACGGUGGAGACGGUAAAGAUGGCGUGGCCGGCGUCCCGGGGGACAACGGGCAGGCGGGUCAGAAGGGUGAAGCGGGGGCAGCCGGUCAGAGGGGUCCUGCAGGUGAAAGAGGGAGGCCAGGGCUCCCCGGAGGUGGAGGUUACCACUCCAAGGACGCACAGCCCAUGAUUGGUCAAGCGGGACCCCGAGGAGAGAGAGGGAGUCCAGGUCUGGACGGUUCUUCGGGGAUCCCGGGAUCCGCAGGGUCACCAGGAAAUGACGCCGUUGUGAAUUAUGACGAAGUGAAAAACUUCAUCCGGCAGCAGGUCAUCAAGAUCUUUGACGAGAGGAUGGCCUACUACAUGUCUCGCAUGCUGACCCCCGUGGAGGCCGCCUCCCCCGGCCGGCCCGGGUCCCCAGGGCAAGCCGGAGCUGCAGGUGUUCCCGGUAACCCCGGUGCUCCGGGAUCCCCGGGACAGAUGGGGAGGCAGGGGCGGCCAGGAGGCCAAGGACCCUCUGGACCCCAUGGGCCGCGUGGAGAAAAGGGAGAGAAGGGUGUCGGCGAGAUGGGAGACGUAGGACCCCCAGGAGCCCCCGGUGUCCCGGGCCCCCAAGGCUACGGUAAAAUGGGCCCCCCGGGUCCCGUCGGCCAGCAGGGUGUUCCUGGGAUCUCGGGCUCUCCUGGGCAGCCCGGUUCAAAGGGACAUGACGGCCGCUGCAAUCCGGGCGACUGCAGGAGCCACCAGCCGGAGUACAGCCCCAAGGGCCCGCCCAUGAAGGGCCCUUGGUAGGGGCCGAGAGGGGCUGAAGCGAGGAGACUUCGGAGGCCAAAGACCGUCAACCCAAGUUCUUCAAGUUCUGCCCAGCCGGUGAAUCCAGGAGCAGCUGUUGUUGUUGUUGUUGUUGACUUGUACAGAUGUUUACUCCAGCUUUAAGGCCCGCAGACAGAGCAGCACAUGGGGAUCCUUCUCAGUCGCCAUAUUGCCGAUUCAUUGUGAUAUCAACGCCUCUCAUCUGGGUCUUGCUUCUUUGUUCUCACGGCUUCACUCCUUCCCCAAACACCCAGAGGGCGGGGCCAGAGGGCGGGGCCAGAGGGAGGGGCCAUGCUUGUGUCUGUAUUUCAUUUUCUCCGUCUUACUUGGUAGAGGUUCACUUAUUGUAGCACUUUGCUUGCUCCUCUUAUAUCGCCGGUCCCUCCUCACAGAAUCACUCUCAUGUUUUAGUCCUCGUGCUUUGGAAAAGAUGAUCCCAAGAAAUGUAUUUUAGUUCUGUGGAAACGGUCAAAAAAAACUCAUGUCCAUGCUCUUUUUUAAAGAGUUUUGUAUAUAUUUAUAUUUAUAUAUUGUGGCUUUUUCUACUUUUUUAAAAACAGAUUUCAUACAAGACACACGCAUGGCUGGCCACCUAUUUUUCUCAAAUGUUUUGAUUGUUUUUAAGCAACAAAAAAGCCAAAGGGAUAUUUGUGUCUACGGUCUGUAUGCUUUCAACAUCAAAUAAUUCAGUUAGACAUAAUUAUUUAUAAAAGAAAACUGUUUGAUUCCUAAUUGUUGCCAAAGUAAAUUUUGUGCCAUUUUAUCUUCAGUAUUUUGGCUGUGCAGCCACUUAAAGCAUCUCAUCAUGUAUUCACAAGGAGAUGUAGUAGCCAUCUGUCCGCUUCAACAGGAACGCAAUUUUAAAUUGAGCAAUAAUUUAGCCCUUUUAACAGAGGUACGGUAAUGCAACACAAGCAAGAAGAACAUAUUCUAAAGAGCAUCACGUUACUGUAAUAGUUUGGUUUUUAUUUUGUACUUUUGUUUUAUGUGGAAGUCUUUGGAGUUUAAAAUCACGACCAUCCCGAUCAAGUUCAAUCAGACUUGUGUUCCUCAAACUAACCCGUGGGAAAUGUUCAAGUUAAAGCUGAAUUACAUUACUUUUGAAAGAAGCUGUAUCAUGUUAUCACUGUCAACCGGUGCUGUGUCAAACACGAUUGAAAUGCUGUUGUUCGUCCAUGGAUUCUGAGACAAUCGGGUCCUGAGCAUAGACGGGGGCCUCAAGUAAAGUUGAAGUUGCAAUUA